AUGCAUACAUAUAAGUCCAGUUUACAGUUCCUCUACUCAAGAUGUACAUAUCUGUGGACAAGGGAGAAGAAGGAAUUUCUGAUGUCCUCUGCCAUAUUAGUCUUAGUUUACAGACAGGCUUUGAUUUGGACUGGCACCCUGGCCUGUCCUGUACUCCCCCUGGUGGGCAGUAUGUCAGUCUUGCUGUUCUUUGCAGUGAACUACAGCACAGUGGUGACCAGCUGUAAACCUCCUGAAAACAGAUGGAACCAGUCUAGACACAGUACUCUGUUCAUAGGUCUACUUACUGUCACCUUACUGAUACUACUGGUACCUGUGGCUGUUAUCAUUGGCAGCAAAGACGUUGUGAACAUUGGUCAGACUAAUGUGGCAGGGAGAUCAUGUGGACCAUUUGGCCUCCACAGCCCCAUAGGGACCUUAACCAGCCUUCAGUCCAGGCUCCCAGAGUGGCUGGCAGACAUGUUCCACUGGCUGUCAUCAGCUACAGUCCUGUUGCCAGCAGGGUUUGUUCUUCUGUAAGUAACCAUGUCAUCAGCUACAGUCCUACUGCCAGCAGGGUUUGUUCUUCUGUAAGUAACCAUGUCAUCAGCUACAGUCCUACUGCCAGCAGGGUUUGUUCUUCUGUAAGUAACCAUGUCAUCAGCUACAGUCCUACUGCCAGCAGGGUUUGUUCUUCUGUAAGUAACCAUGUCAUC